AUGGCUAUUCCCUUCCCCCAUUUCAUCUCCUCCGAGAAAGCCGCCAUGGAAGCCGGCCUCCUCGUCCCUUCCUCCCCCUCCUCCUCCGUCUCCGUAAUCCUCAGCCAAGACGAUUUGAAGAAAAUCGCCGCUUACAAAGCCGUUGAAUACGUCGAAUCCGGUAUGGUUCUCGGCCUCGGAACUGGCUCAACUGCCAAACACGCCGUCAACCGUAUCGGGGAGCUUCUCCAGCAAGGGAAACUCAAGAACAUCAUUGGCAUACCGACUUCAACGAUCACUCACGAGCAAGCUCUGUCGCUAGGGAUUCCUUUAUCAGAUCUCGAUACUCACCCUGUCGUCGAUCUCGCUAUCGACGGUGCUGAUGAAGUUGAUCCGUAUCUGAAUUUGGUGAAAGGACGCGGCGGCUCGCUCUUGAGAGAGAAAAUGGUGGAAGGUGCUUGUAAGAAAUUUGUUUGCAUUGUAGAUGAGUCAAAAUUGGUUAACUAUUUGGGUGGAAGCGGUUUGGCUAUGCCGGUUGAGGUUAUAAAAUUUUGUUGGAAAUACACUGCUGGGAGGCUUCAGAGUUUGUUUGAUGAAUCUGGUUGUGUUGCGAAGUUGAGAACUUUUGGUGUUGUGGAGCAUGGAAUGUUUUUGGAUAUGGCUACUACUGUUAUUGUUGCAGGUGAACUUGGGUUAACUGUGAAGAAUAAGUAG